AUGACAGGCCCUUUUCAUCUCCUCGCCACUAUCAUGAAGAUGAUGGUUGUUCUGGUGCUUCUCGGCUUCUUUUGCCUUGGAACUCCUGCAACAGCCACGCGGCAGACAGGGAUUCUUGAAUUUUCCAGCAGAGAAGACUUGGAGACAUGGGGUGGAUAUGGAGAGGAGAAGCUCUCCAGAGUCAUAAUUAGUGGCAAAAUUCUCUGUCAUGCUAGUAGACAUGACAAAGCUCCAUACCAUUCAUAUUCCGUCUCAGGUGCACAGGUGGCUGUUAUAUGCAGUACUAACGGAAAAACCAGGAAGAUAUCGGCAAAAGGCACCACAGAUGGUUAUGGAGAAUUCCUCAUUGAACUUCCUUCCCAUCUCCAUGCAAUUCACAACUUGGAAAGGAUAUGUCUUGUUAAAGUUUUUCAUCUGCCAAAAAAUUCUGUGUGCCUGCAAGGGAAACAUGGAAAGAUAGAACUCACGUCAAUAGGCAAUGAAAACAGCACUCGAAAGCAUGUCCGAACUGCAACCGUAAUAAUAGGAAAUGAAUCCCCAGACGCUUUUGAUACAAUCAGGGACUCCGCAGAAAUGAUAUAUUUAGCAACACCAGAACAACAUUUAAGCUUGUUCACUUCCACAUCAGGCAUCUCAAUGGAGAAUUCUUGCUCAAAAGCCAUAACAAGUUUCACUCUGUUCAGGCUUAAGCCCUUCAUGAAAUCAGCUGUUUAG